GCAGCCCCGGCCCGGCCGGUGCGACUGCUGGCUCCCCGGCCGCUCACAGCCUUCCCCCGCCAGGUGCCGCGGGGCACGCUCGCCCUGCGCCUCGACCCGACUCCCCACGGCCUGCCCUCGCCCCGCUCCGCCCGGGUCAUGCGGGGGGCCCCGGAGGAAGAGACGGCGAGAGACCGGCCUGCGCCGGCCGCGCUCGGGGAGCGCCCUGCUCUCUGAGCCUCCCUACCUGCUAGCAUGUGUCGCCGCCGCGGGGACCCAGCCUGUCGCUAAACUUUCCCCGCGCCGGCGCGCCCGGGACUGCGCUUCUGAGCGGAGUGUCCGGGGGACUGGGGACCAGGCUGGCUGCAGACUUCGGCCCUCGGCAGGACCCCCAGAGAGUCCUUCCCCUGGGACCAGAGCCCGACCGUCCCUCCCUGGCCCUAUCCGGCGGCGAGGAGCCGCAGCGCCUGCCCGAAGCAGUUUGUCUCUGGACCGAUUUCUUUAAGAGAAAAAGAAACCAACAGGUUGUCAGCCCAGGCGCCCCGCGCGGCGCCCGGGACGGGGCGGCCCCGCACUCCUUGGCCUGCGUGGGCCCCUCUUGGGGCGCGGGAGGCAGAGGCCGGGCGGGGGCGAUGGCGCGGCCCGACCCGUGUGCGCCGCCCUCGCUGCUGCUGCUGCUCCUGGCACAGCUGGUGGGCCGGGCGGCGGCCGCGUCCAAGGCCCCGGUGUGCCAGGAAAUCACGGUGCCCAUGUGCCGCGGCAUCGGCUACAACCUGACGCACAUGCCCAACCAGUUCAACCACGACACGCAGGACGAGGCGGGCCUGGAGGUGCACCAGUUCUGGCCGCUGGUAGAGAUCCACUGCUCUCCGGACCUGCGCUUCUUCCUGUGCUCCAUGUACACGCCCAUCUGCCUGCCGGACUACCACAAGCCGCUGCCGCCCUGCCGGUCGGUGUGCGAGCGCGCCAAAGCCGGCUGCUCGCCGCUCAUGCGCCAGUACGGCUUCGCUUGGCCGGAGCGCAUGAGCUGUGACCGCCUCCCGGUGCUGGGCCGCGACGCCGAGGUCCUGUGCAUGGAUUACAACCGCAGCGAGGCCACCACGGCGCCUCCCAGGUCCUUGGCGCCCAAGCCCACCCUGCCGGGCCCGCCGGGGGCGCCCUCCUCCAGGGGGGAGUGUGGUGCGGGCACCCCGGCAGUUUGCACGUGCCGCGAGCCCUUCGUGCCCAUCCUGAAGGAGUCCCACCCACUCUACAACAAGGUGAGGACGGGCCAGGUGCCCAACUGCGCGGUGCCCUGCUAUCAGCCGUCCUUCAGCCCGGACGAGCGCACAUUCGCCACCUUCUGGAUCGGCCUGUGGUCAGUACUGUGCUUUAUCUCCACCGCCACCACAGUGGCCACCUUCCUCAUUGACAUGGAGCGCUUCCGCUACCCCGAGCGCCCCAUCAUCUUCCUGUCUGCCUGCUACCUGUGCGUGUCGCUGGGAUUCCUGGUGCGUCUGGUCGUGGGCCACGCCAGCGUUGCCUGUAGCCGCGAGCACAGCCACAUCCACUACGAGACCACAGGCCCUGCGCUGUGCACCGUCGUCUUCCUGCUUGUCUACUUCUUCGGCAUGGCCAGCUCCAUCUGGUGGGUCAUCCUGUCGCUCACGUGGUUCCUGGCCGCGGGCAUGAAGUGGGGCAACGAGGCCAUCGCGGGCUACGCGCAGUACUUCCACCUGGCCGCGUGGCUCAUCCCCAGCAUCAAGUCCAUCACGGCGCUGGCACUGAGUGCUGUGGAUGGGGACCCCGUGGCCGGCAUCUGCUACGUGGGCAACCAGAACCUGAACUCGCUGCGUGGCUUUGUCCUGGGCCCGCUGGUGCUCUACCUGCUGGUGGGCACGCUCUUCCUGCUGGCGGGCUUCGUGUCACUCUUCCGCAUCCGCAGUGUCAUCAAGCAGGGUGGCACCAAGACGGACAAACUGGAGAAGCUGAUGAUCCGCAUCGGCAUCUUCACGCUGCUCUACACGGUGCCCGCCAGCAUCGUGGUCAUCUGCUACCUGUAUGAGCAGCACUACCGCGAGAGCUGGGAGGCUGCCCUCACCUGCUCGUGCCCGGGCCGCGACACCGGCCAGCCGCGCGCCAAGCCCGAGUACUGGGUGCUCAUGCUCAAGUACUUCAUGUGCCUCGUGGUGGGGAUCACGUCCGGCGUCUGGAUCUGGUCCGGCAAAACGGUGGAGUCCUGGCGCCGCUUCACCAGCCGCUGCUGCUGCGGUCCACGGCGGGCGCAUAAGAGCGGCGGCGCCCUGCCCGCGGGGGACUAUGAGGCGAGCGCCGCGCUCACCGGCAGGACCGGGCCCCCGGGCCCCGCCGCCGCCUACCACAAGCAGGUGUCCCUGUCGCAUGUAUAAGAGCCUUCCUGGGAACCGAGGGGGAGGGAGCUGGCUAGGUAGCUUGUCGAAGGUCACUUCCGUUUACCUUCGUGGUGCUGACGCCCCCUCCCGGGGUGACUUGGGGUGGUCUCCAAGGAGUACUGUCUCGCUUCUCCAAGAGGCGCAGCUCACGUGUGUUGUUUUGCGUUUCUUACUGCCUUCUUUAGAGGAACCCUCUGUUUAAUUUAUAUAUAUUUUUCUUAAUUUUUAACUUUGUUGCAUUUUGGCAACACAAUUUACCUUUGCCCUGGGGGGAGCUUUACAAUCCUAACGUUGGCGUUGUAAUGCGUUUCCACUUGGUUCAGAUUUCUUUGAAUUGUGUGGUUUAAAUUGGGAAAACAUAUUUCCUAUCUGCGUCUUUUUUAAAAAUGUGAACAGUGAGAGUUUGGGUUGCCAUGACUGGGAAAGCGUGGAGUGUGGUUUUCCUUCCACUGCUGAGAGUGUCCGAGGUGCUCUGAGGCCAGCUGCUGCUUCCUGUGUUUAUCCCCAGCCCUCCCAAGGGGCGGGCCUGAUGUGGUCAGGGCCUCCCCAGGGUGACGGGUAGGGAGCGCUUAGGGAUUGUGCCUGCAUCCUUAACUUUGUGUGGGAGCUUUGCGUUCUUUCGGCAUGUCUUCUAGUCACUCUCGUUCCUAACAGAACCAGUGUCCGGUCUUGAAUAAGGUAGAGGUGGCAUUGUGGUGUCCAGCGUAAACACUGGCAAUAGGGAGAGCCCCGUGGAUUGUGAUUGGUUGAGCACGCAUUCUAAACUGUGAGAGGGUGAGCUUUUGAGCCGAGAGAGGGAGUGGGUGGUUCCUCACAAGCUUCAGUGAUCCCUUAUCAUUUCUUUUUUAAAGGAACUUGUGUUACAGUUUUGGUGAAAGUAAACCCACUCCCUUUAAAAAAGUAUAUAGGGAUCAUCACUAAAAGGGGCUCCCUUUUAAAAAGUUAAGGGACUAAAACGGAUAUGCUUCCAGUAAUUAAAGUAUAUUUCCAGUGCUUCUCUUAUCGGCUCCCUCCCACACACCUCCUUUAUCAUGUUAAACAGCCUUUUUGCUUUUCUUAUUCCUCCUGGCGAGCUGUGAUUAGAAGCCACACCCACCUGGAACUGAGUGCUUAGAUUGGGGGAGGGCGCCUGGCUACCUGUGAGCACACAUUGGCUGCACGGAGGGAAAACAAGUGUGUGACCCUGGACCGGGCUGGUUUGGAGCCAGAUGUCCCUGGAGCAGCCAGACUCGCUCUCAGAAUCUCUGAAAACAAAUGAAACCUAUAACUUCCUUGCAGAAGUCCUCAGAUAGGGAUCCGUGAAGGUUGCCGUCAGGGGAAAACUCUUUCCUCCCCUUCCUGCUCCUUUUCCUCCUGUUCUGCGUAAGCCCAGUGUUGAAGAGCUCGCACACACUCACUUCUUGCCGGUAGAAAAUUUACUUUGCUUUCACCUGUUUAACAUUCCUUCCUGCAUAUAUGAAAGCUUCUACAUUGAUGAAUACACACACGGGCACACACACUUGCGCGCAUGUGCACACAGGUUUCUUUGCCAUUAGAAAGUUCUGUUUGCUUUCCUAAUCUGUUUAAAUGUUCAUUGCUGACAACUGAGGCCAUGGUGGGGGAGGGGCGGCAGUGCAUCAGGGACAAAACACCAGAGACCUGGGACUAGGUGGGGACUGAAUUGAAGGAGCUAAAAUGGCCAAAGCCAUUGCUGGGAAAACAACCAGAGUCUUGACACUUGAGCUUCGUUUGCACCAAAGUGGGAGAAAUAAAAUUUCAGCCUAGGCUAAUUCUACUGCAUGAGUGUUGGGUAGAUAAAUGGGAGCUUAAAUACUUAGCUGGUGGGGAGAAGCCUCAUAUUGUACUCAGCUUGAAGGCCUUUGAAAAGCUGUUGAUAUUUCUUAAAAACACAGCUCCUCCUCUGAUCAAAAUUAAAAUUUUGGUGGAUCCACAAAAGCUUUAGCCCCCAUAGCUGUGGAGCUCUGUGCAUGUCUUAUCCUUCUGCUUAUCCGGAAGCCUCUCCUCACAGUAGACCCCCCAGGCCACAGCUUCUCUCCUGUCCGCAAUGAGGACCUUUCCUGAUUGCCUUGACCUCCGUCUCCCUUAGCCUCUGCUUUCCCUCUUUCUUUUCUCAUCUGCUAAAAGACGAAGAUCCAGCCACUCGCUUCUCUCAGGUCUUACUAACGUCAGCCACCUUGACUCAACCAGGGAGAGAAGCUGCAUACUUAGGGCCACUCCCUGUUCCCCCCACAUGCUCACUUUCCUCCACUCUGCUUUUUUGUUAUGAAAACAAAUCAGACUCAUGAAAACAGCUGUAAAAUGACAGGCGGUGGGGGAGGCCAGCAACUUCUUCCUAGGCAGCUUGGCCAAGCUGGGGAGGACUCAGGGCCCACUUUUGUCUCAAAUGGAGUCUCCAGGCUGCCCGGUGACCAUUCAGUUGGAAGCAUUGUCUGUCUCCCUAGGUCAAGGGGUGAAGAUUCGCAAGAUUGUCUCAAGGAAUAAUGGGGCCUCCGUGAAUCAGGUGGCCACAAUGUAGAGCGUUCUUAAACUUUAUGAUUUCCCUCCUCACCUUUUGAAGUUGUCUAAAUUGGCUGGCAAUUAUUUGUCUUGGUGCCUUAUUGGUUAUUCUGUCAGAUUUCCACGUGACCACCACCGGUGGCCGGGGCCUAUGUGUGUGUGUUGUGCGUAAUUGUGUGCAUGUACAAGCUUAAAUAAUGUGCCGACAGCACUGUUUCAAAGUUGGUAUUCAUUAGGCUGUUCCCUCCUGGGCCAGGGCUGCACUAAUCUUGACACAGGCUGCCAGGAGAAAACCUCCCAGAUCACACACGGCACCUUCAGAGCGGCGUCCGUGACCUGCACUCUCCAGUAGAGAAUGGGAACCCCAGAGCUAGGAAGCGCAGUUGUAUAUUUUAAUGAACUGCUCCCCCUGCUAAGAAGCUUCUUUCACUUUUGUGUGCUACAGAAAGACCCAGGGGGAAAGGAGGGACAAAGCUUUGAAUAACUGCUUUCUAACACCGAAUGUGGCAAACAGGACCGAGCACAUCACAAAUCUAGGCAGGUGUGAGGUACGGUAGCAAGGAAUGGCUUGCUCCCUCUGUGGGCCCUUUCUUGUCUCCAAAGUCCAAUCAAGUGAUCCUGGGGAAGAGCGAUGCCUGCGUUGGGAAGGAUGGUUCUGUAAGAAAGCUAAGACAUUAAAGAAGGGUGAAAGUAGGCAGGAUGUAAAUAACUGACCUGACUCAAAACACAGAAGCUUCUCGCAGCUUGAUGACAGUGACAGGAUUUUCUUUCAGCCAGGAUAAUGUGUGUCUGUGGUACAUCAUUUAUAACAAUAUUCGUGUUGCUACGAACUGUAUGUAUAGUAUGUAUGUUUUGCUGGUGUAUAUAUACAUAAUAUAUAUUAUAUAUAUGAGAGAUUUAGUGAAUUUGAUACGGGUUUGGUGCAGGUAAAUCUCUUACUGAGCCAAAUGAGUCAUAUACUGAGUCAGUAGCUGGAGUCCAGGGCAUUCGAUAGUUUUUAUGAUUUCCACGUCUGUAUGGUGCCCGUCCCACCCAGUGCGGUCAAGUCACAGCCAAAACUCACGCAUCAGAGCCAGCAGUAUUUUAUUUGUAGACAAUCAACUCGAAUCUAUAAAUUAUUACUGGCAAAUGAUUAUAAUUCUGAAUCCAUAACUCUAAUGAAACCCAGAGCAUCUCGAUAGGCUUUUAUUAUUUUCUUUUGUUCCUGGAAGUCAAUAGCACAGCAAUUAUCUGUGGUUAUGUUAGUCUCAAGAUACUUGUCGACCUUAUUAUUUCAGAGAAAUUUUGUAUGUAUUAUAUUUGUGGGAAGGUAAAAUAAUGGUUUGAGAUUUUUAUCAAAUAUGGAGAUUAGUUAUUUAUGAAAAACAAAGAAAUGUCUAUUUUUGUUUCUUUGUUCCCAAUUAAUGUAGAUAACUUUUA